AUGAAAGACAAUAAAGGUGGCGGCGGGAUUUUCUACGCGAAAACUCGCUAUAUUGUGCUAUUUUUGGGAUCUGCUUGCAUUGCAUCGAUCGCCUCGAAUAUGAUCAUUCUCAAUUUUACACUCAUUUGCAUGGGAAACUCGACACUGAAUGAGGAUGACGCUCAAGCGAUGGCCAACCGCGGGACACACGAUUACACCCAAAAAGAGAAAUCGUUUCUGAAUUGGGCGGUAGCGGUGGGGACACUGCUUGCCGCGUGGCCAUUCCAUUGGUUCUACGAGAAGUACGGUGCCCGAAGCGUUUUCUUCAUCGCCGGAAUGAUCUCAGCCGUUUCGACGGCUCUGAUUCCACUCGUAUCUCGGCUUGAUUUCAAGUUGUUCCUCGCCAUGCGAUUCUUCCAGGGUAUCUCAUUUGGUGCCGAUUUCGCGGCAAUCGGUCUCAUCGUCGUGCAUUGGGCUUCACUCAAACAACACGGUUUCUUCAUCUCAUUGCUCUCAUCGUUUUCCCAAAUCUCUGUCAUGUUUACAAUGCCUGUCGCUGGAGAGCUCUGCUCCUCUCCAUUGGGAUGGGAAGCAGCCUAUUAUGUGCACGCCGUUCUCUGCGUUGUCCUCUUCGUCUCCUGGUGGCUCUAUUACAGAAAUGAUCCAGUUGAUCACCCGAAAAUGACCGAUGUUGAGCUCGAGAAAAUCCAUCGUGGCAAGAGCGCGGCUGCGUUGAAGAAUGAGGAGAAGACACCGAUUAAGGAGAUCAUGAAAGACCCGGUUGUUUGGAGUGUUUGGUUGUCGGCUUUCGGCGAGUUGAUGAUGUCACAGUUCAUCGUCAUGUACGGUCCAACGUAUCUGAAAGAGGUUCUUGGUUUCCAAGUGGCGCACACUGGCUACUUCGUCGCCAUUCCCCGUUUCGUGCAUUUGCUCUUCAAAAUCGGCUCCGGAAUCGCUAGUGACAGAAUAAAAUGUUUGUCGGAGAAAGUGAAAAUGAUCAUUUUCAACACGAUCGCUUUGAUGGUUUCCGGAGUUUUCUUCUGCAUUCUCGGAUUCGUUUCAAAGGAAUACGCCUCUUGGGCUCUAAUGAUUUUAUUGGUAAUCGAGUCGACAACGGGUUGCAUUUGCGGAGGUUUCUACAAGUGCGCUACACUUGUGGCCAGGCAACACUCGCAUUUCGUCCUCUCGCAAAUCCAAUUCAUCAAAUGUCUCUCGCUCUUCAUCGAGCCUCUCCUCAUCUUCCUCAUUUGUCGUCACAAUACCCUCGCCGAGUGGCGUAUCGUCUUCAUCAUUCACGGUGUUCUUCUCAUUCUCGGCAACGUCAUCUUUUGCUUCUUUGCCACCGAUAAGCCGGCCAAGUUCACUCAUACACCGGCAGUUGACACGAAUGGAGAAGAGUUGAAAGAAGAAGAGAUUCCCGAGAAACAACGAUUGGUCAACGGUUCUUCACAU